CAGUGAUGUUUAUGUUGGACUUUUUCACCAACACAGAGUGUGCACAGUGACUGGAGUGUAGAAAUAAACGGCUGUCUGCAAUAUCUUUGCUUAGUUUUAUUUUUGAAAACAUAAGUACCAAACGCUGCAAGCCAUCCCUCCUCCUCACCAGCAGCAUACAAAACAUUCAAUCAACUUAAACACAGUUUUCAAAUAAUCAAUUAUCCUAUCACAUCCCUUCCUGCAUCCGGUGCAGAAAGCAAACUUCCCUUUUAAUUAGUCAAAUAAUCAAGAGACCACAGGUGUGCAGCUAAAUAGGUCAAACUGCAAACAUACACCUCUAAGUAGCACCACUGAUCACCUUAGGAUAAAGAAAAACCAACAGUUUAAGCAGCAUGCAUGAUGUCAUAAAAACCUAUGUAUGCUUUAUAUACUGCUUAGUGCUUUACUUUCUAAGCGGUGUAUAAGUUUAGAAAUGCUUGCCUGCUGAAAUAAAGGUCUUCACCAAAUCUAUCUAUGUGUGCACAAACAAACCACCUUCUCCUCAUCUCAUUUAUUUCUUUUCCUAUCUGUUCUUAUGGACAUUGGUGAAAGUAAAUGAAUAAUCCCGAUGAAGAAGGUUUGCUUUCUGUAUCAGUUUUCUUUCUUUCUGCCUAGCUCUCUGAGGGGCAAGCGUGUUCGUGUAAUAUGCAUUAAGGCCUAGGCAUUGCCAUUAAAAUGUUACAACUCCAAAGAAAGGGCAUUCAAAGAGCAACAAAUUUAUCUCUGCAGAAUACUCCAUCCAGCAUGCAACAUAUGAGAUCCAUUUGCUUUGAUUCAAGCGCUGCCAGCUAUUGGCCGGGAAACAAGUGGGGUGGGGGUGGGGAGAGUGGCUGGGGAAAGUGCGUUGGUUGCAGCAAAAAGAGUGGAGAGUUUUUGUUUUUUUGCUUUUCUGGGAUUGGUUGUUUCCUAAAGAGAGGAGACAUCUAUAUCAAAACCAGAAGGAUCAUGGCAAGUUCCAAAUAGAUGGAAUCACAAUCAACUGCUUUGUUCUUUAAUGGAAUUUAAAUGCUGAUAGAUAUGCAUAUUUGGGCAAAAGUCCCCCCCCCAAUAUAUUAAACAGGAUUAUAUCUUCUGUUUUAAAUUCCUCCCUCCAAUUUACCGCUCUCAGACAAAAUUGAACUUUUCCUUUGCUGCUUUUGGACAAAUCAAGAUUCCAUCACUGCAUGCAGCCAUUGUACAUUGCACAGUGUAGACAGUUCCCCUAAAAGUAUUGUUUCCUAUUGCUUUCACAAAUAGGUAUUCAUCCUAGAUAGCCCCUAUUUAGAAGCUAGUGUGCACAUUUCACCUUUUCAAUAAAAUAUCACUCAUAAUAAAACAACCACAACAACAGUCUAUCCAAUUGAAUCACACAGUCUAACAGGGUUUAGUGGCACAUGGCUUUAAAAUUAGUUGAUAAUAGACUAUAUGGUACAUCCUCCUGGGGCCAGGGCUAUUCCUCUGGCCUCUGGAUAUUGAUGGAAUGGGAAUGACCAUCAUUUUUAUGGUUUCUCAUCCGAGAAGCUCCUGACAUAAUCUUUAUUCUGCAUUCUUCUCUUUGCUGUUUUCUCUUCUUGGGGUGCAUUGAUACUCCCUGUUCUCCCCUUCCCCAAAUUAUUGUGUCAUGCAUAGCCAACAGCCUAACAACCAUCCUCCUGCAACUCCUGCUGCCUUCGGACUCACUAUGGGGGAACUAUUACCACAUUAUCUUAUAAUUACCAAUCAGUUACAAGCUGCAAAGGGAUACAUCACUGUCAGUCCCCUGAAGCAGUAGUAGUAGGAGGUGCAGUGAAAGCAACAUAGUUCUUUUGAGGGUAAACAACCAUCUUGCCCUGAUCAUCAUGGAGGAAGGGGAGGAGAUCACAAAUAAAUAAGCAACAAAACGUCAGUGUGCAGUGCUCCUAUUUAGAGUUCUAGCCAACAAGCAUUAUCCUCUCCCAGGACACUCCAUUACCUGAUUUUGUGGGUUCUCAUCCCCCUCCAACAGUCAAAAGGCAUUUGUAUGGCUCCUGAUCACACAUUGCUCAGCAUUCAUUGAGAAGCUUGCUGUUCCCUGCCCCCCAGAAGUUUCUGCAAACCUUGGAUUGCCUCAAGCUUGCACAGAGAACUGAGUUCACUACCACUAAACAAUAUGCUGUAUUUUAAGUUGUUGCUAUGCAAUGAACUUAUACCAGAGGCUACAUCUCUAUAGCAACCCCUGUGCUCUCUGUUUGGUGCUCUAGAAUACAACUGGGGAAGACCAGCCAUGCAAAUUGCACAGGCGGCCACAAGCUCUUCUGUUGACUGUGUAAAUGAGGAGAGGUGCCACAAUUGGCUGAAACCUACUGUUGAUGUGGACUGCAGGAAGCUGAGGUGUUGUGUGAGUACAACUGCAAAAACAAGUAAUAGUGCGGAUAUGCCCCCACUCUUAAAGAGCUUACCUAGAAUACAAGAAGAGCCCUGCUGAAUCUCAUUUGUACCAGAAUCCUGUUCCCACAGUGGCCAGCUAGACACCUAUAGGAAACCCUCAAGCAUAUACCUUCCAAUAUAUAUUUACCCACCAGCAGGAUCUUGCACCUUUGCUAGUGCUUUGUACAAACUUUUGAAAUGCACAAUAUUAUUGCAUCCUGCCCUAUCUUUACCCCAGUUGUUAGGCAAUUGAAAUGUCGAUGGGUGCUUCCAGCUGGGGGUUUAAUACUGCAAACUUACCAUUCUGAAAUUGCAAAUGGGAAAUUGGCAGCAGGUGUGGUGUUGCUGUUUUUCUUUUUAAAAAAAAAAACUUAACUGAUUUUCUGUGAAAACUGUGACUCUGAAUAUAAAAGGUAUGAAACACAGCCUAGCAUUUUGAUGCUGAUGUCAUGGGGGUGUAUGCGAGAGCAGUCCCAGUCCCACAAUAAACACCUGUCUGGAAGCAACCUAUAAUAUACCAGGAUGUGGAGAAAUAGGGAAACGUACCUUUUAACUCUUCAAAACUGCAGCAGCAGCACAUAUCACCCUCCCAUACGGAUGAGAUUGUAACAUGAUAACAUAAGACGAUCCCUGCUGUAUCCGGCCACCUAGUCCAGCAUUCUGGGGCUUGUCCACACCCAGGGGCAUUCCGAGGGGGGGGGCAGUCCGCUCCAGGUGCCAUUCCAAAGGGGGGGGCCAAAAUGCCUACCCCCAAUCGGCGGCACCCCCUGGGGCACGCACUACUCACCCCCAUGGGUGGUGUGUCACGCCCCACAGGUGGUGCGUCAUGCCCUCAGGAUGUGCCUCUGUCCAACACGUGAAUAUGUGGCUUUGCACCUGCCUCUCUCAUUAAUACAGGGUUGUCCACAUGAUGUCCUCCCCAUCCCAGGGUUGUCCCAGAUCUUUCCCCCUUUAAAUGCAAAGAUUUUCAAGCUUUGAAAAGUCAGAAAUGGCCAUCUUGUGUAGUGCAUUCUUCUGGGGUACUCAAGGGUACGCAGUACCCACACCUUCCCCCCUCCCCAUGUUAAAAGUGUGGUACUUAUUGUAACAACUUCAUGGUGAUUACUGGCACUUUAAAAAGAAAAAAAAGCACGGGACCCCCACAUUUAAAGGGCAGGAAGGUCGUAGACAAUACUGGGAUGAGGAAGUUUCCCUGAGCGCUGCUCUCCUCGCUUUAUUCCUGGCCUUGCAGCCUCCCACAGAAUCUCUCGGGCACUUUUGGUUUUUUCCAUGAAUUACCUUUGGUAUAAAUUACUUAACAUAAAUAUACUCCAGAAUUGGGUGCCUUUGCCUCAGCUUUCUAUAUAUGUUGGGAACUAACGCUGCAUAUCCCCCCCCCCACACACUGAGGCGCCCUUGAGAUUUGUGCGCCUUCAUUUUGCAUGCAGCGACCACGAGCGCAGCUGGCAGGGAAGCGCCUCGGGAGCCCGGCCAGCAACGCUCCUCCCGGCUUCCCCACACGCCGCCCGCCGGCCCCCAACGGGACACCCUGCCUACGCCUCCCGGAGCCUCUCGGCGGCCUGGCCUCCCCGCCCCCUGCGUGUCACAGGCGCUCUUUGCAUAGGCGGCGCUCCCCGCCGGCAGCCCCCUUUAUAGGCUCUCCCCUCGCGCCAGCCGAGGCCAGAGCAGGAGCGCGAGGCCAGGCAGGCAGGCAGGCAGCGCACCGCAGCCCCACCUCCUUCGCCGCCACCGCCUCCUCUUCUUUCUCCUCCUCCUCCUCCUCCUGCUGCUCCUGCAGCAGCGCCGCCGCCAGCGUCUCCCUCAGACGCUCUGAGGCAGCUGCCCAGGCAGGAGCGGCGCGGCGUCCCUUACCUUGGAAGAGCGAAGACAGCCUCUCCUGGCUCGGGAGCAGGCGGCUGAAGAACCCACACGCAGAGGGAGAAAGGCGCCGGCGGAACCUGGGGCGAGGAAGGACCGGCCUCGUAUCCAUGCCGUGAGCUGCCCCGGUCUCGGAAGGCUGGACGGGAGCGUCCCCGAGGAAGCGCCGGCUGUAAGUUUCUCUCCAGCCUCUUCCUGCGACCUGUUGAGUCGCGCGAGGGUUGCUGGUGCCCGGAGCGGCGCGCGCCGGGUCAAUCAAUGGAUGGGGGGGGGGGCAGGGCGGGGAACGGACGGACGGACCAAGUUCCACCUUCUGCCUGGCUCGAGCGGGCAGCCCUUGCAUGCUGCCCGCCCGAUCCUGGGCAGCCCUUGUAAUGCUGCCCGCCCGAGCCUGGGCAGCCUUACUCGGAAGCAAGCCCCUCCGAAUUCAGACGGACGCGCCUCGGAUUUGCAGCUUUCAGCCCUGCGACCCACGUUCGCGUCGAGGCCGGGGCGAAGGGUUGCAACGCGCGCUUUUUGAGCAUGCACAGAGGGCACCGCCGCGUGAGCACCCAGAAGCAGCAGCAUCCACGAGUGUGGGAUGGAGGGAUAGUGAAGGGUGUGUGUGUGUGUCGGAAGGUAGAACUUGAAAGAAGGAUCGAGGCCCCCGCCCCCUGCACUGUAUUUCGCUUUUUGAAAUGCAGCUGUGUGUGUGUGUGAUGCGCCUGGGGUUUUGUUCCGAGGGGACAAUUGUUUAUACAGCGCAGAGAAAGGGAGCCGGGUUGCAGACAGGGCACGUUUCUGCCUUUCCGUCCCACAGGAAGAGGGAAGGUCAGAGGGUGUGCUGCUUGCUUCCUUCCUCUCUCUUCCGAGAGAUGGCUCUGGCUUUUCUCUCCCUCCCCCCCCCCCUCCCCAAGCUUCACUUCAAAGCGGAGGGAAGUGUGAGGAAGCGUUGACAGAGCUUUUGUAUUUCGUAGAGACGCACAUGGCGCGCUGCUCUUCCAGGCAGCUGCUGAAUGGGCACGUUAGGCGAGGAAGUCGGCUCUACAUGUUUUAACAUUUCAGGCGUCAUAAUCAAGAAGUAUUUUGAUCGGCGGAACCGCAAAGUAACAACGUGAUCCAUUGAAACAUGAAACCUCCCCCCUUCUCUCUCUCUCUCUCUCCCCAAAUCACUGGGAAUUUUGAAGUAUCUUAUUUCAAUAAUAAGAGAGGCGAAGGCGUGUGUGUUCUAUAUCAUUUUAUGAAGCUGGGAUUUUAUCCACUAUGCUCAAGUUUUCUGAAAUAAAGAAAGCUUAAAGGAUAUUGGGAAAUCCUAGUUAUCACUUUUUCACUUGUGGUCGCUAUGGAGGGGUCUUUUAAAAAGUAAAUAUAUAUAUAUUUACCUAUACUUCAUUUGAAUAUUUAAAACCCGAUGCAAAAUAUUAUCCAAACAAUAACUUCCUGUGCUGGUUCAAGAAAGCCGGCUCAUCUGUUUCUGCAUUACUACGUUUAUUGCUACCCUGAUAAGAUGAUAGAAUAGUGCCAGGUAUUUGUAUGAACCGUUGAACUAUGGCUAUGCAUUUCUGUUUACCAGAAAAAGAUUAAUAUGUUGCACAGACCAGGAGGUCUUUGUGAACCAAAAUCAGUUUAUUUAACAAUAUAAUGGAAUAUUUUCCUAACCAUACAUUAGUACAUGUGAUAAAGAAUGAUGAACUGUAUCAGUAUUUGCUUAUUAUUAUUAUUUAUUAAAUUUAUAUACUGCCCUACACCCACAGUUCUCAAGGCAGUUGACUUGAGUCCACCCCUCAUGCAGCUCCUGUGAAGUUUGAGAGGGAGCUGCACACAGGAAGCAAAAGAAGAUUUUAGCCUUAGGGUAUUUUCUUUUUCAUUGGGUAAGGUAUUAUUGCUGCAUAUGAAAAACAGAAAAUUAGUAAGGGGAUACCCUUAUUGGAUCAGCUGCUUAGAGCAAGGUGUGUGCAGAUCUUUAGUUUUCCCAGAUUUCAUCCUAACACCAAAGAACUCAGAGACUUUCAGCUAGACUGUGCUUACCAGUGUGUGUUUGUUAAAAGUUACUCAGGAAUAAACACUCAGCUGAAUUAUUGAAUAGUCACUGGAGAUAGCAUUUUAGUUACAUGUUUGUUUUGUCUCAACCUGUCUCUGCUUUUAAUCUGCUCUCUGCUCAUUUGCUCAUUGAUUUGGCCAAGACUCCCAGUUGUCACAGUUUCUCUUUGGAGACUAUGUGGAGCCUCCCUGUUCAGUGGCAAUAUAUCUGUGAAUAACAGGUGUGUGGGUGGGUUUGUGGAACAAUGAAUAGGCAAUAGCCAUUGGCAUCAUGACUUGCUUUUGAGAUUUCAGAAUCAACUGAAUGCUAUGUAGUUUGUAGGCUGGUGCUGGAAACAGAUCAGACUAGAUUUGUCUGGUCCAGCAAAGUAUUUCUUGCAUUCUAGAAAGCUUUAAGAAUGAGGACCAUGAGCCAUCAGUCAGUUGUGUAGUUGCUUUGAUAUGCUUCCUACUGAAUUCCUAAUAAUGCAGCAGCGUUUCAGUAUGAAAUGCACUAUAUGCAGAUUACAUGUUGUUAAUUUUAGGGGGAGGGGGAAUUACCUGAAGGGUGUUGCCUCAUCUUUUUUGUUCAGUGUCUUUGCCAAGCUAUCUUAGUUAAAAUAUUUGUGGCUUGCGUAAUCUGCAGCAACAAAGGAGCAAAGUGUUUCAACGGAUAGCUUUAAAUGCAAAAUGAUUUAUUCUAGUGGACUGUAGGACACCCCCAUAUGUCCAGAUAAGCAGAAGUUCAUAGAAAUAGAUGUGUUGAGAUGGAGCCAUAUGAGAGAUAACCAGUUAGCCAUAAGGUCAUACUUUUCGUAACAGGGUUCUGUUGCAUUCUUAGAACCCUCUGUAAUGAAAUUGUAUUAAAAAGCAUUAGAAUAUUUAUUUAGGCAUUAUUUCAAAAAUAACAGUGAUACUCUUGUAUCAGUGUAUUUUGAGUUAUUGUUAGAAGCGUAUAAGGAAGUGAGCAUAAGGAAGUUGUGUGCUUUUUUUAAAAUCCAGGUUUACUUGUUCUGCUCAGAAUUCUUCUGAAAUUGCAGUUUUAUUAUUUUUCAGAUUCACAAAAGCUUGACACAGCACCCCUUUACAAGGGCAUGGAUUGCUGAAAAACCAUACUGGCAGGUGACCUUCAGCAAUCUGUAUCGAUGGGCUCUUUCCUGCUUUUGUUCCGUUUAUGCAAAUGCUGUCAGAUUACAAAUUGUUAAUCUCUGCUCAGAGGAAUUUUUAAACUUGAGACAUUAUCUUGUUUAGCUUCAGGCUUUUAACUUACAUGUUAAGGACCUCCUCUUACAUGAUGCUGUAUAGCCACACCUUGGAGAGACUUGACUUACAAGUACUACAUGGAACCAAACCUGCUGCAGCUUCAAGUAUUCCUUUUUGUAUAUUUUAAGUUUGAGCUGGUUUGCAUGGCACAGUAAGCAAAACCUUGGCUUAGCAGGAGCACGUGAAUGUGCCGGCUCUCGCAGCUGCUUUGCUCUUUCCUUGUCCCCUUUGCUCCUGUGCUGGCACUGAAUUAAGCCCAGGUUUCGCAAGGUGUGGUGAGCUCUCUCAUCACUACCCACAAGCCGUAGCCAUGGUUUGCUUUUUUGCAAGAGCAAAAGGGACAUAGGAGGAGCCAAGUGGCUAUUCUCUGGGAACAUUUGUGUACGCUCACUAAACCAAGGUUUGGCUUAGUGUGUCAUGCGAACCAGGCCACUGUGUGUUAAUCCACAGACUUUCUGUCUUCCUGCCCAGGACUACUUUUAGGAAGGUCUGAUCCCUUAAUAAAUUUUUAUGUGAGUAGAGUAGUAAGUCUGUCUAGAGUUUGUUUCACAAGCACAAAGGAUCCUAUCUGCAGAGGUCAAGUCAAUAUUAUUUGUAGGAUCAGAUUUGAUAACAUACUUACCUAAUCUGAGCAGGUAUCUCAAAUUUCUUAGGCUUCUUUUUCUCAUGGUUUCUGCUGGUGACAUAAAUCUGGAUUCAGAUCGUAAUGAUUUUCUGCAGUAGGCUGAAAUGAGGAAUGGAUACCUUCUAGACGUAUGAUGUCAACUGAGUUCAGUGGCUAGGCCUUAGAGGUUUUGGGGGAUUCCUCCAUCUGGCAAUAGUAAGUUAUAAAUACUAAGGAAAAACUAGGCUAGUUGCAUAGUACGUAUUAGGUUCCAGCUGCAAGUUUUCACUUGAUGAUUCUAACUCAUGGGGUGAUAACAUCAUCUAACUUUCCGGUAGGUAUACCGGGGACUCCUUGAGGCAACGAGGUAAGUGGUAAUCCAAGAUUAGUUUUGGGGGCUUUGGAAUGCCAGGUUAAUGUAUGAUUGUUUGUCAGAUAAUUUGCUUAGCUGUAAGAGCUAAUAACAAUUUUAUUCCCUGUGUCUAAUUUGAUAUAUAUGGUGAGACAACACAAUCUUAAACGUUUUUACUCUGGAGUAGAAUCAGUGUGGUUUACUCCAUGGUAACUGUGUUUAGGAUUGCAGCCCGAGUCUGCAUUUUCUUCUUGAUUGCUCACACUGAACCAUGUUAAUGGAGAAAUGUGAAACAUUAGACUCAGCAUGCAGACUGCUUGCAAGAUGUAUCUCAGAAAUUCACUUGCAGUGCUGUUCAUUCCAUACAAAGGCCGCAAAUCCAGAUAAUAAAAGGAUUACUGCAUAUUUCACCAUCAAGGUACGCCACAUCUGUAAUGCUGAGAUGUGCCGACUGUACAUUGUGGUGACCCAUUGAUGGAUUUCCACUCAAACUGAGGCUUUAUUUCCCAAAUCAAAGAUAACUUGGUUCUGAGUAAUUAUUACUAGGAUUGGGCUGUAACGCUUGAAAAGGUCCUAGUCUCGUAGCAAUUUCCACAAGUGCUUAGCAGGGAUCAGCACCUGUACUACAGAGGCUUCAAAAGCUAGCAUGACAGCCAACACCUUCUCCAUAAGGUGAUAUCAAAUAAGGAAAACCUGCAGAGCAAUCUAAACCCCUGAUCUGCCAUGUUGAAGGAGGUUUGGAUGCAGUGGAGGUGUACCCCCCCACCAGCAGAGGAGCCCCCACUAGCAAGGAACACCCCCAAUACACCUACCCAAGUGGUAGGCUGGUUGAGCUGGUGCUGGUGUCAUCACAAUGGGAUGACUGUGGGCCCAGUCUGGACCUCUUGUCCUAGCCUGGCCUCCCAUUUUGUGCCCUAGUUGGUGUGUCCAGUAGGGCCGUGAUGGUGCCGUUUCUCCACUGUUGCUGGCCAGAGGUUAGAGAUGUCAACUAAAUACUCAAAUAUGAGUUGGUUGGUGGACUGUCUCCUCCCCUGUAGCGGCUCUUUGCCUUUGCUCAAGGGCAUUGUGCUUCUAAUCAAGCAUUGUGGACAUACUGUAUUAUGAAACAUACCUACUUUCCCUGAGCUUUAUGUAUGUCUAGGGUAUGGUCACAUCCAGUGCUUUUUCCCAAUAAAAAUAGGUGCCGGUAUUCACCAAAUUUGUUAAAGUAAGUGCCACGCUCUUUAACAACAAGGAGAGGUGCCGGUACUGCAUACUCUUGAGUGCCUCCUGGAAAAAAAAGUCACUGGCCGCGUCCUUUCAGGUGUCCUUUCAUAUCUGACUCAUCACCCAGCUGCAGAUUAAUGAAUAGUUCAGCUUCUCUUUCUUCUGUUGACACUUUCUGCUUGGGUGACAGGCUUAGUCUUGUGGGAAAGUUUCAUGGAGGCCAUGCAAAUUAUAACUUUCUGCUCUCCAGACUUCCUUCACUCCUACCUCUGGACUGUGAAGACUUACUUAGGCUCUUAUUCUGUGGGCUGUGGUUGUUUCUAUGAAACUUGAAUCAGAGCUGGUCUGACCUGCACAGCAAGUAGACCCAACCCCACUGGACUUUAAACUCAGUUAUGAGUGAGAGAACUUUUUGCUGUGGUGUGUUAAAUCUUCCUCUCCUACCUGUGUUCUCUUGGUGCCCAAAAGCCUCCUCUAUCUCUUGUGUCUUCCUAAUGGGACAAAAUGUCUUGACUUGAACCUGGAACCAUUAAUAAAGACCUAUCAGGCUGCAAGGAUCUAUUUUGUUAGGGUGCUGGCUUAUAGAUCUCUCUUGCCAUGGUUUUGUAUCCCUUGUCACUAAAUCUGAACUUACAUGCGCAAGGGCAUAACCCACUUGAGAUUAAUGCAAUAGUUUUUGCUCUCAGAAUUGAAGGAUACUCCAGAACAUGGGCUCUAUUUUGUUUUAGAAUAUUAUUAAAUCACAGUGCUUGCCAUCUUAGAAUAUCUGCUACUCAUAACAGAAAGUAAAAUAUGCUAGGCAUGGUUUCUGUCUUUCCUUUUACAUACCUUUUUGGUGUGUUUGGAACGGUUGUAUGAGGAUAGUAUCUUAAUGAGUUUCAUUUGUGGAUGUUGGUGCUCCAAGCAGUAUUUUUACAUUCCUGAAUGUAGUGUGUCUUGUUGCUCAUCCUGCUAUGAUUCAAAGCACAACAAUGUUUUAAAUAUGUGUAUCUGCAUAUUUGGUGAAUCAGCUGCUCUGUACUGGGGAGGUGUGACAAAAAUCAGAGCUGUCUCUUUCCCCUCUUUUCUGAGUUACAGUGCCAACAUAUAUUGCCAUGAAAGUAGGCUAUCUAGUUUGCCAAGAUAAACCUGCUAUCUUGAGCAACAAUUUUCAGAAUAUGCCAGUUAAGAAAUUUGUAUCGUUAAAACACAAACAGGCUCAAUAGUCUGUGUCUUCAGCUUCUGUUUAGAAUUGCUCAGAAUUCGGUUACGUUUUGCAAGAUGUGGGUGGUGGAGGAAAAGAGAAUAUCAUCAUCAUUGUUAUCUCCUGAGACUUAACUGUAUUUUUUUAUGUUUAGGUGUGGAAGAAAAUGUCAGUCAGCAUGCACGAGAAUCGCAAAUCUAGAGCCAGCACUGGCUCCAUAAACAUAUAUCUGUUCCACAAAUCUUCAUAUGCUGAUAGCGUUCUCACUCAUCUAAACCUUCUGCGCCAACAACGUCUUUUUACGGAUGUGCUUCUCCAUGCUGGGAGCAAGUCAUUCCCUUGCCAUAGAGCUGUCUUAGCUGCUUGCAGUCGAUACUUUGAAGCCAUGUUCAGUGGAGGACUCAAGGAGAGCCAAGCCAGUGAAGUCAACUUCCAUAAUUCCAUCCACCCAGAGGUUCUAGAACUUCUCCUGGACUAUGCGUACUCCUCAAGGGUCAUCAUCAAUGAAGAAAAUGCUGAGUCUCUUCUGGAGGCUGGAGACAUGUUGGAGUUUCAAGACAUCAGAGAUGCUUGUGCAGAAUUCCUGGAGAAAAAUCUUCAUCCUACUAACUGCCUCGGCAUGCUGCUUCUGUCUGAUGCUCACCAGUGUACCAAACUCUAUGAGCUCUCUUGGAGGAUGUGCCUUAGCAACUUCCAGGCUAUCAGCAAAAGCGAAGAUUUUCUCCAGCUCCCAAAAGACAUGGUUGUGCAGCUCCUGUCUAGUGAAGAAUUGGAGACUGAAGAUGAGCGUCUGGUGUAUGAGUCUGCCAUGAAUUGGAUUAACUAUGAUCUGAACAAACGCUACUGUUAUCUACCAGAACUGUUGCAGACGGUGAGACUGGCCCUUUUGCCAGCCAUCUAUCUGAUGGAGAAUGUGGCUACUGAGGAGCUUAUCACUAAGCAGAGGAAGAGCAAAGAGAUUGUUGAAGAAGCAAUAAGGUGCAAGUUGAAGAUUUUGCAGAAUGACGGUGUAGUCACCAGUUUGUGUGCGAGGCCUCGAAAAACUGGCCAUGCCCUAUUUCUUUUAGGAGGACAAACCUUUAUGUGUGACAAGUUGUACCUGGUUGACCAAAAAGCAAAGGAGAUCAUCCCCAAAGCUGACAUCCCAAGCCCAAGGAAAGAGUUCAGUGCAUGCGCUAUUGGCUGUAAAGUCUAUAUUACAGGUGGCCGGGGAUCUGAAAACGGCGUCUCUAAAGAUGUUUGGGUCUAUGAUACACUUCAUGAAGAGUGGUCCAAGGCUGCUCCCAUGCUAGUAGCUCGGUUUGGUCAUGGUUCUGCUGAACUCAAACAUUGUCUAUAUGUUGUUGGAGGGCACACAGCAGCCACUGGUUGCCUCCCAGCUUCUCCUUCAGUAUCCUUAAAGCAAGUAGAACAGUAUGAUCCUGUGACCAACAAAUGGACAAUGGUCGCUCCACUUCGAGAAGGAGUAAGCAAUGCAGCUGUAGUCAGUGCAAAGCUGAAGCUGUUUGCCUUUGGCGGUACCAGUGUCAGCCAUGAUAAGCUCCCCAAAGUUCAGUGUUACGACCUUUGCGAAAACAGAUGGACAGUACCAGCCACCUGCCCCCAGCCAUGGCGAUACACAGCUGCAGCUGUUCUGGGCAACCAGAUCUUUAUUAUGGGUGGAGAUACUGAAUUCUCCGCAUGCUCGGCUUAUAAAUUCAACAGUGAAACUUACCAGUGGACUAAAGUGGGAGAUGUUACAGCUAAGAGAAUGAGCUGCCAUGCAGUAGCGUCGGGAAACAAGCUGUAUGUUGUUGGGGGAUAUUUUGGCAUCCAGAGAUGCAAGACGCUAGAUUGCUAUGACCCCACUCUAGAUGUAUGGAACAGCAUAACCACAGUGCCCUACUCCCUAAUUCCCACUGCAUUUGUGAGCACAUGGAAGCAUCUCCCUUCUUAACUGCAUAGGUGCCUAUACAGGUAAGAAACCACACCUGCAAGUUACAAGUUGCUAUAUAUCUUACCCAUAAGCUCAAGAGAUUCAAAUGUUGAUUAUAAUGCUUUUUGUUAGUGGAAUAGGAAACAGAAAAGGCUGGUGUGAUUCAGCCAAUGCCAUCUCAUGUUGACAGAAUCAGGAAUAGAACCCCACUGUCUUAAUUAAACCUCACUGGCUUGCAAUAUAAGAUCAGUUUGCGCAAGGUGUUUUGUUCAGCACUGUGAGCAGUCCUAAUUGUCCCCAGCUAUGCAUUUGUGUGGGCAAUAUAAUGAUGGACUAGUCAAUCAUAGAUAACAACCAUUAGUAAUUUAUGGCACAAAAAUUGCUUUUGGAUGUAUUUAUGAUUAUUUGCUUCACAUGUUAUCUUUGUGCAAGUAAGUACUUGAGGGUAGUUGGAGAUCGCUUGCACAUAGAUAUAAAAAUGAAAAUAUCAAAACUUUUUUUUCCUGAUACUGGAUAGUAUUGUCUGAACUACAUGAGAUUUAGCUUAUUCAUGAAAUUAUCUACUCGACUCCUGUUACAACUCCUAUUACUGCUUUACUAACUACACUAUCUGGAAAUAAGUUAAAUUGACUAAUUGCAGGGAAAUAUAUUUGCAAUCAUGGAGCAAGCAGGAUAGUUGUUGACCUUAAAGUAUAAAUAGGCAACUAUCAUCUGUUUGCAUGGACUACAUUUUUCGAAAAUACAUUUGGUAUAUAACAUCAAAGGGGAAAGCUGUGGGCUUAGGUUGUUGAACUUGGUGGAAACACGACUAUUUAUAACAUUUAAGUAGAAAGCUUCUGCUUGUGAAGGGGGAAAAAAAGAGUUUAGUUCCUGUGCCUGAUGGUGAAUCACGCUGACCUUAUGCUUAAAAGAAGACAUGCCAUUUGGUUCAAGUAAUAAUUUGGUCUGCAAACUCAGAGCGUUCCAAAGCCCAUAAAUUCUACUUUAUAGUAUAGUGCAGCGGCCCAAGUUCUCACCUGAUGAUGUGGGCAGGUGCAUUGCUGGUGACUUCAACGGAAUGGCAUCUGCCUACAAGCAACUCUGAAUUUCAGCUUGGUCAUGCAGGUGCUUGUACUGCUCUCUUGCUGGUGCAAACAUUCCCCCCCCCCCCCCGAUUUUUUUCCUCCAGUUUUGAAAUGCCAGUGAAGCUUCCUCAAAACAUAGCACUUUCUUAACAGUUAGCCUCCUAUCACUGUCUUUUGCUGUUCCAAACUGGUAAAAUAUAUUUUAAGGUAAAUUUGCAAUCCUAAGCACAUUUGCUUGGAAAUCGGUUCCCUUAGAACUCAGAGGGGCUUACUUCUAGGUUAACUUGUACUUCCAACACCCAAGUGUGGGUGUUUUUCCUUUUUCCCUGGGAUGUGUGCAGCCCAAUCCAAUUCAUAGCUGACUGUUGCCUUUAAAAAAAUCAUUAAAAGAAAACAACAAAAAGCCAGACUUGGUUAUUAACUAGUAGUGAGGCUACUCCAGUGUAAGUAGUCUGAGAAAUGCAGUUCAUGCUACAAGAUGCUUGCACUGUAUUUUCUUCCAACAUUUGGAAGCUGCAUAAUAGGCCUGUAAAGCCAGCCAGGUUGUAAAGACUCUUUGAUAUUCUUUCCUUGUGAAGGUUACAAUUGGUGGGUAGAUUAAAAGGAACUAGCUAAGUGGUUUUUGCAAUAAAAGUUGGACAAACUAUUGCCUCUGUAACAUAGUAAAUAGCAAACAAGGAGAGCCAUUAGACAUAGCAAUAAAAACUAUUGCAGAUUGGGCCACCGAAGUGUAGAAACACCAGCCAAUAUGGUUGCAGGAUCACAGCCUUAAUUCCAAAGAACUCAUAGUGGGGAACCUGCAAGCUUGAGGUUCUCAACCAUUGGCCUAUAGAUGCUCUCAGACCAUUCACUGAUAUCACUUGUAUUUGAGAAUAACCUGCAUGCCAAAGAUGAUAAUUGUGACUGUCCCUUGACUAAAACAAUUAAGCAAAAUAACAGUAGCAACAGCAGCAACAACAAAAAUCACAUCAACCUUCCUAGAGUGCAGUAGUGUUUCUUCAGAUCACGCUAUUUGUAGUCUAUUGUUUUAGCGGCCAUGGAUGUGAUUAUCUUGCGAGUAACAAAUCCUUCACUCCAAAUUGUCCCCAGAGAGACAGUGAUGCGGUCUUUCAAGAUUUCCCCGAAUUGUUCUAAAAAUAACAACCAUAAUAAAACAAAUGGGUAUCGUGUACAUAAUCAGAGGACUGCCCUUUCAUGUUAGCAAGGGCACAGAGCAAAUUUGCUUGCUGUGCUGCCCAUCUCAGAUGUCUGCUCCCCCAUACACUCUGUAGACACAAAGCCAUUCCUUAGCUUCUGUAAUGCAUUAAGAUAACUGUAGAAUUCAGUCUCUAGGGCUGCAUAUACAUCCAGCAAAUAGAUCUCUUCUCUUCUUCUUUUUUUUACUGUCUCCUGCUGCUUUCUCAGUGGGAGGGAGGGACAGAAAGGAAAUUACUUCUGAUUGCGCUCUGUUUUCAUGGCGCUGUGUGGCCCCAGCCUGACAGCAGUUAGGAAGAUCUUAAGUGUGCUUUGUCUCCUCUCUCAGACUUGUAGGCUCUGGAGCAGGGGACCCUAUCCCACCCCCCCACAAAAAUGCGAAUACUGGUUUCAGUGGCUGGAGUGGAAGUUGAGGGGUGGGAGGGUGGGGAAUGACACACCAGGCACAAGAAUGUGUAGAAGACUCUGAUCAGCAGGAAAUAUUUCGAAAAUAAUGAAGGGGCUGUAUCUUUAAUCUGCGAGAGGCGAUGAGCUAGGGCUGCAGAUUUAUUCUGAAUGCACUCUUCUGUACUGCGGUUCUAGUACAGUGCUUUUAGUUUAAGGUUGACUUGAGCUUUCAGUAACACACAUGUACAUUCAAAUCAGUCGCACCAAGUUAACUGGAGCAGUUCUGCAAUUACCCCAGCGGAAAUCCCAUCAAACUUUGCCUCAUACAUUCUGGCAGAGCUAUUAAUUGCUACUUUAAAAACCAGCGUGGUGCCUGGUUUGAAAACUGGCUCUGAGCAUAAUAAUGAAGUGAGAAGGUGGAGUCUGGACGCCAAAAAAACGGCCGGGUCCAAAGCCAAUAUUUUGCGCUGCAUAAUCAACGCAAGGGGGUGUGGGGGGGGGUUGGGGAGAAGGCUUCAGUGCAGAGGCAUCGAAGCAUACUACAUUGUCACAUGACAAAGCACAGCAAAGCAGAGUUCUGACAUAAUGAAUAGCAGAAACGUUUUAAAUAAGGGGAUUAAUAUGUCUGCCAUUCAUAUGCUGAAUCAAUUCCAUUCAGGAUUCUCCAUGGUUAACAGAGGGCAUUGGUUAGAGAUUUUAUUUCCAACAGGCUGGCUCCCCCCUCCCCCCGCUCCCUUUUCUCUCCUUGGCUAGUUUGAUUUGGCUCAUGACCAAAAUGGCUGUCUUGCUACUUCUGCCAGAAAGUUUGCAUUACGUGAAUUUUUAUUCUGUCUCUGUCACAUUAUCUGCUCAUGCAGCUCACAGGAGAGUUCCAUACUGGAUCAAUCAAUCAAUCAAUCAAUCAAUCAAAUUGAACCGUCCGUCCCCCAACCAUGUUACUUAUAUUAAGCAGAAACCUUUGCUGUGAAUGCUCUCAGAAGGAGUGCUUAACAGUGGAAUCCUAUACAUGUUUACACAGAUAUAAGACUCAUUAAGUUGAAUGGGAUUUACUCCCAGGUAAAUUUGCAUAGGUUUGCGGCCUAACUGGAGUCUAUAUAACUUUGAUAUUUGUAGUCUGUGAGCUAUCGGCUGCUGGUUAUUGGACAAGUUCUAAAAAAGGCACCAGCAUUUUCUAUAAACGAGGCCUGACAUUCAAAGUCUUAUGGUAUUUGUUUCAUUGAACCCCCUAAACUUCCUUCUUUUUUCUUUCUUUCUUUUAGCUUGUUCCAUUAUUUGGUGAAGAAAUGUUGGAACUGUGGAGAAGCAGCUUUAAUGAAGAAAAAAACUGUUCCUUUUUAUUUUGAGUUUGAAGAAAAUAUUCUGCACCUUCUAAAUUCUUAAAAAGCUGGAAAUGAAGGAAUGGGAGGGAGAAUAUUGUCUUCAGUAUAUCAGCACAUAGUUUAACUAUGAAUGAAUGAACCUAUGAUCCGAUCCCUGUGUUAGUAAUUGUGGAUUAAUGUCAAGUUUAAUCAGCCCUUCAAAGCGGGGGGGAAGCUGAACUUUUCAGAGCUGCACAACACAGCACAAACCCUCGAUUUUCAUGGACUUUGCUGUUUGUGUGCAAAAUUUGAAAUGGUUGUCACCUCUCCUUUGUGGCAGCUUGAAGUGUCAGCAGCAGCUGCUGAGGAAGUGGGCCAGGUCUGGAGCAGCAAGAUGUCUUUGUGAAUGAAGAUGCAGCUGUAUCCCCUGCCACAGGGAAGGGCUUGUUCUCUUAGGCAGUGCCUGGAGCAUCGGUUCAAAUUGCUGAGCAGCAUUGUUGUAGCUGCAGUGAGUGACCUUCUACUUGCUAAGGAGCAGAACACCUAUUAAAAGAGAGAGAGAGAGAAAGGAGGUUUUUUGCAGCAUUUUGUGGGCGAAGGGAAAUAACUCCAUUUUCCCCACUCCCCACGCAUUUGAUUUCCUCUUGUAUUUAUUAAUUACGACUGUCCUACUCUUAAAUUGUUACUUGUUGUAGAUAUAGCUAUUUAUUGUUCAGUGCUUGCAUGCGGAGGGAACGAUGCCUACAGUUGUCUUUUAAGGGCUUAUGUGAAUCGUAUGUUUUGCACAUUCUGUGGUCUCGUGACUUGCUGUGCUGCGCAAGAAGAAAAAGUGCUGAGUAAUAUUUGGGGAGAGGAGAAAUGAGGUAAGGAGUCAGAAAUUGAAGGAUUACAAGGUAGCAUCUUAAAUUAUAUGUAUACUGAAGGAGGAAGCCAUGGAGGUCACUUUCUCAGGCCACUGCUUUGUGUGGCUUGCCAGUGGUAUCCCUGUUACACUUGAUUUGCCUAGUGUUACCUUUUUCUUUUUUUUUUGAAGGAACUCAUCUGGAAGUAGCCACUGUCACUUAACAGUUUUCUUCUUGUGCAGCCUCAUCGCUACUGGAAAAGGGGUGUGUGUGGAAAGCCCCUGCAGAAUUAAUUUACACAGAGCCCUGUUCAUGGCAUUAUCCAACAUUUUAUUUUGUUUAUUUAUUUAUUUAAAGUUAGCCGAUGGGAUGUCUACUAUGGACCCACUUCAUCCAACCGUGGGAAGUAUUUUUGAUUCAGAGAUACACAGCAAAAUAAAGAAGUGGGGAAGCGGUUUUUUGUUUUUUGUUUGCUUUUUCUUUAUUUUUUAAAAUUAACACCCGACUCUUUGUCCAUCCACUUUUGAAUUUAAAUUGUACACCCACACCCACACCAUCAGUGUCUUACAAGGUUUGGCAUGAUUGUUAGGAUGACAAAGGAGAAAAGUUGCUCAAACACUGGUUUAAUAAUAAUGAUAAUUCCUUCAUUAAUUAGCAAGUUAAGCUUUCAAAUGCAUACUAUCUGGAACCAUCACAUAGGAUCCCGAUCAAAGUCCCAUCCCCUGGAAUUUAUUUUUUUAGUUCUUACUUUUCAAGCCUGAUCAUUCCAUUCCAUUCUUGGUUUGUUUGUUUUUUUACACUUUGUGUCUUUGCCAGACUUUUAGUUGUGCUAUCCAUGAGAAUCGGUGCAGCUCCACCAGCGUGAAGCUGCCAGUCCUCAUCGUGGUUGGUUGUCUUGUCUUAAUGUUGUAUAAGCAAAAUUACUUUAAAAUGCAUGCAUGCAUGCCUAAAAGGAAUUAUGAUGAUGAUGCCUGCCUACAUGAUGAUGAUGAUGUAGCUCAACUCUUCACACUCUUCACCAUAUGGGAAACACAGUAAUCUUACAUUGCAUUCCUUUGAGUGCUUACACAGAAGUAAACCCACACCGCAUUGUGUGGGGCUUACUUCUUAGUAAGUAUGUUUAGGAUGGCAUUAUCAGUCUUAAGACUCUUCUCAUGCUGCCAUAGGCUAAUUCUGCAGACUCAAUUAUGUGCAUUUCUUAUGUAUUCCUAUUCGCUUUAAUGAGAAAUGGGUGUGUGUGCAAUUUUGCAAAUAGCAAGUAGUGGUUCUUAGCAUGGCUAGCCAGGAAGGUUUUCAAGAAAAUCUGAACAGUAUGCACCAUAAAGUUUGAUUUACAGACCACUGUUUUGAUUUGCAUGUUUUUGACCAGCUUUACCAUUUUCGGCUAUUACAGCUGUAUCGAGGGAGGCUGUUUGAGUGGAUUCUAGAACAAAACUCUUUUCAAACUUUGAUUCAAAUGUACCGAGUGCCUGGGGUGGAAGAAAAAUGGAAGUGUUCCUAAACGCCAUUGAUCAUUUUUCAGUGAAGCCUAGUGUAUUGGCUAUUGAGGGCCAGUGCCCUCAGAACAGCUGCACCGGAGUGCAGUAGGAGUGGUGAUUUGCUGCAGGUCACUCUUUGCUCUAGAAAGGGCUGUUGGCAUUUACUGUUUGUUGGUUUAAGAAUCAUUGCUGAAGUUGGCUCUGAAAAGGAUUCUUUUACACAGCAACAACAUAAAAUGCCAGUAAGUUUAGUAAUAAAUUGUGAAAGAUGGGAAACUCUCUUUCAAGUAAUGCAUAGUGGAUGACUUAAAAACCUGGGGAAAGCUAUAGAACAUUGCUUUUACAAACAAACAAAAAACUACCCAAACUUAAAUUUGGUUUGUAUAAAGUCCACCACCACAAACCCUUUAUGCAAGGGUUGUCUCUCACUUUUGGUUUGGGGGUGUCUCUGCCCUUCCAUAAAAGAAAAAGUAACCUGUAAAGCCUUGCAAAACUAUAAUCAUGUUUUUGCAUUCACUUAACACAGGCAUGCAUUACUCCCAAGGUGUUUUGAGUAAAUGGCUCAAAACCCUUUGUUUAGGGAAGUGACAGAAUCCUGUCUGCAGCAGCUCUCUCUAUAACUGUUUAGCUUAUGACACAAAUCUGUUUUGUAAUACCAUCCAAUUGCCUGAAGCGUCCGAAGUCUCCACAGUUGUAUUUCAAAGCAGUGGUUUGCUUUCAAGUCCUUGGAUUUAAUUCCUGGGCCUAGGUUGAAGAAAACAAAAAACUAGGGUGGCCCCUAGCCCUGCAGGCAAAUAUUUUGGGUUCCUGCUCUUUGAAUAGACGUGGGAAUCCUGGCUUACUACUUGGCGAUUCCAGUCCGAAAAACACCCUACACUUCUGAGAGAAAUGCAAUUCACACCAGAGUACACACCAAAACCUUGGCAUAAGACGAGAAAAGUUCCUAUUUUGUGGGCUGGUUGCUGUGGAAACAUGGAACAAAGGACAGCCUACCACUUCUGGUAUAAUUGUGUAGGCCCUUUUUUCUAGGCCUGACACCUGUCUGAAUAAGAGUGAUUAGAACUGAAUAGUGUCCCUUGUCUGACAAUUGAAGAUGCGGUUCACGUACAAAAAAACGGGGGGGGGGGAGGGGGGAGGAAAGCCGUACCAGUGAAGAAGUAAAAUAUCUAUGUUGUCUCUCUUUGUUUGCUACUACAUUUUGAGGUUUUGUAAAACUGCAUUUUUUUUUUCACAAUGUGAAACUGAAGGUCAAUAAAUUAUUUGAGAUUUUCUCUCCAAUG